AUGGCGCUUAACAGAGAGUUCUACGCCAACUGUUUCGCUCGCAGCGCGUUGGGCGCCAGAGACGUCGCGCAGCCGACGAACAGGCCGUUCGCGGCGGCGGCGAAGAAGGAGUUUGAUCUCACGGGAUUCUUGAAGGAUCUUGCGGCGGGCGGUGUUUCCGGCUCCAUCGCCAAGACGGCGACCGCGCCGAUUGAGCGCGUCAAGCUGUUGAUCCAAACGCAAGAUGCGAACCCGCGUAUCAUGUCUGGCGAGGUCCCGCGAUACACGGGUAUCGUCAACUGCUUUACGCGCGUGACUGCUGAGCAAGGCUUUGGCUCCUUCUGGAGAGGUAACCUCGCGAACAUCGUUCGUUAUUUCCCGACGCAAGCGUUCAACUUCGCAUUCAAGGAUACCAUUAAGGGUCUUUUCCCGUCCUACAGCCCGAAGGAGGCCUUCUGGCCAUUCUUCGCCGUGAACAUGGCGUCUGGUGGCCUUGCCGGCGCCGGCUCUUUGCUCAUCGUGUACCCGCUUGACUUCGCCCGUACGCGCCUCGCUGCCGAUGUCGGUAACAAGAGCACCCGUGAAUUCACCGGUUUGGUUGACUGCUUGACCAAGAUUGCCAAGCGAUCCGGUCCGAUGGCUCUCUACCAAGGUUUUGGCGUCUCUGUCCAAGGUAUUAUCGUCUACCGUGGCUCUUACUUCGGCCUCUACGAUACCGGCAAGGGCGCGCUCCUCACCAAGGAUUCGUCAUUCAUCUUCAAGUUUAUCGUCGCACAAGUCGCCACCAACGCUGCCGGCGUCUUGUCCUACCCCUUCGAUACCGUCCGUCGUCGUCUCAUGAUGAACUCGGGCUCCGGCAAGAAGUUGUACAACGGCACCAUGGAUGCCUUCGUCAAAAUUUACCAGCAAGAAGGUGCCGGCGCCUUCUUCAAGGGCGCAUUCUCCAACGUUCUUCGUGGUGUCGGUGGCGCUCUUGUGCUCGUGAUGUACGACGAAAUCAAGGCUGUCAUCAACCCGUAA